GUACAACUACAGCGGGGACAAGGGCUACGGAUCCAACCCGAAAUCCGGAGGCCGUGCCAAGUUCAGCGCCUCCUUCGAUGGCCCGGGUGCUCCCAAGGGCGGCUCGGGCGCGGGCACCGGGGUCGACUACCACCCGGUCAGGGCGCAGCUUUUGGAUGCAAUGCGCCACUGCAUUGAGGAGUACGGCUUCACCAAGUGCUGCAACUUCGAGACAGAGGUCUCCACCCUUAAGAUCAUCGGAGAUCCGGAAGCCGAGGACCGCUACUACGAGCUUGGCCUUACGAAGCUGGACAAAGCCAGCAUCGAGCUUGCAGGUGGCGGCUAUGGUGGCUACGGCACAACUGGCUCGAUGCGUGCAGCCACUUCCACUGUCAAGGUCUCGCUCGUGUACCACUUCCCGGGUGCCUAUGACAUCAAUCGCAUCGUCGACUAUCCGGGCGAGGACGAAUUCAUCGCGGCCGGUGGACAGGUCGGCUAUGGCAUGGGAAAUG